GAGGGGAGAGAGGGGACAAAUUCAUUUUCAUACAAAGGGUUAUUUAUUUAUUCGGAUUAACAGAGGGACCAUCGGCGGGACGCAGGGACCGGUGCGCACCUCUGGCCGCCGCCUCCCGCCCUCUAUUGCCGUGAACCGUGUUCUUGGGGGGAACAUUUGACAUCCGGACCUCGAGGUAAGAUCCCACCGGGCGGUGCCCACUUGGAGCAGUUUUCUGUCCUCGGAGGGCGCCCAGACGGCCGGGAAGCCCAAGGGCUGCUCGGGAGCCCACCCGGGGUAGAUCCGGCUUUGCUGGAAGCCGCGCGCCUACCUGAAGUCUCCGACGGAGGCGCGGUUUGGACGCGCCCGCUGGGUGGGAGGAGGCGCUUGGGCAACCCCGGCUGGGACCGCCACCUAACUGUAGUCCAUACGUUGGCAGUCCUUCUUAAACGAGGUCUUUAGGUUAGUCCCAAGAGGAGGCGAACGCGGGUUCCAGCGGACACGGAAGAAAGAGAGGGAGCCGCAAAAAAGAGAAGUUACAGACGUUCCCCGACGUUUGCCUUUGCGCUGCGGCCCCUGCCCCCGCCGCGCUCGCCGCGCUCUGGGCUCCGCUGCCCGGGAGGAAGCCCGCGCUGUGCAGCGCCGCCGCGCGCCGUCCUGGCCUUGCGGAGUGCCUGCCUUGCAGGGCAUGCCCCCGCUCAGCCCGGAGAAGCCGGCUCUGUGCGGCGGCUGCGGCGGCACGAUCUCGGACAGACACUCCCUGCUGGCCGUGGACAAACAGUGGCGCCUGAGGUGCCCGAAGUGCUGUGAAUGUGAGCUGGUCCUCGAGUCCGAGCUCACCUGCUUCGCCAAGGACGGUAGCAUUUACUGCAAGGAGGAUUGCUACAGAAGGUUCUCUGUGCAGAGAUGUGCCCCCUGCCACCUUGGCAUCUCCGCCUCCGAGAUGGUCGUGCGCGCCCGAGACUCUGUCUACCACCUGAGCUGCUUCACCUGCUCCACCUGCAACAAGACUCUGACCACGGGCGACCAUUUCGGCAUGAAGGACAGCCUGGUGUACUGCCGCGCCCACUUCGGGACCCUCUUGCAAGGGGAGUAUCCGCCGCAGCUGAGCUACAUGGAGCUGGCUGCCCAGAGCGGCGGCUUGGCCCUGCCUUACUUCAGCGGCACCGGCACCUGCCCCGUGCAGAAGUGGCGGCCUCGGAAGGGGAAGAGUCCGGCCCUGGGAGUGGACAUCGUCAUUACAACUCAGGUUGUGAUGUGAAUACUCUCAAGAAGUUACCAGAAUAAAGUAGUGUCCACUAUUCCUCAAAACUCUCUGGUGGCUAAUACCUUUGAGAUUUCAGUUGUCUUUUAUGUUGAAUCAUAGAGUUUUCAUAUGGCAAUAUUAACAUUUAUGAGCUCUGGUAAGUUACUUCUUUGAGUGGUAAACUGUAUUCUAUUUCGAGGAUGUAUUUUUUUUUUGAUAGUGUGCUUUAUUCAGAC